CCGAAUGCGUGAUGAAGUCAGUCAUUAGGCUCAGCCUUGCUGGGGGCUGGCGGAGUGAGCGUGAGCGUGAGAGGCUGCUCAGAGGCGGUCCGUCAGCCGCACGCUCCUGCAGCCUCUUUCACCCUCCUCAUCCCCGUCUCCUGAGCGAGGGGGAGUCACGCUGCAGCGGGAGGAGGGAGGGCGAUCACGCAGGGAGGAAAUCCUCCGAGACGGGGGGAUCCGCUUUCUCGCCGCCGCUCCUCCGCACCUCAUGGUCCUCCUUUCUUUCCUCCUUUUCCUGGUUUAAACAACUGGGAUAGUGUGUGUGCCAGCAGCCCAGGGACAGAUUCCCUGCACAGCCACUUUUGAGAGGCGAGGAUGCUAAACAACCUGACCGACAGCGAGGACGGGGAUGGGGGACCCAACAGCCAGGGUGAUGCCACACCCAAGGAAAGCAGCCCAUUCAUCGGCAGCAGUGAUGCAGAAAAGGGCCAGCAGUAUGACGGCAAGAACAUGGCCCUCUUUGAGGACGAGAUGGACACCAGCCCCAUGGUGUCUUCUCUACUCAGUAGCUUGGCCAACUACUCCAACCUCCCCCAGGGAAGCAAGGAGCACGAAGAGGCAGAAAAUAAUGAGGAGCAACGCAAGAAACCUAUAAAGGCUCCUCAGAUGGGCACCUUGAUGGGGGUUUAUCUUCCCUGCCUACAGAACAUUUUUGGGGUGAUCCUGUUUCUGCGGAUGACCUGGUUGGUGGGCAUCGGUGGAGUGCUGGGUGUCUUCACCAUCGUUUUUAUGUGCUGCUCUACAACCAUGUUGACCGCGAUCUCCAUGAGUGCUAUUGCCACAAAUGGUGUUGUGCCAGCUGGUGGCUCUUACUACAUGAUCUCACGUUCACUGGGGCCUGAGUUUGGAGGCGCUGUCGGCAUUUGCUUCUACCUGGGCACCACAUUUGCUGGGGCCAUGUACAUCCUGGGCUGUAUUGAGAUCUUGCUGAUUUACAUAGUGCCUCAAGCAGCCAUUUUUAAACUGGAAGGUCUCGAGGGACCUGAAGCAGAGGCUGCGUUGCUAAAUAACAUGCGCAUCUACGGAACCUGCGUCUUGACUCUCAUGUCCAUCGUGGUGUUCGUGGGUGUCAAAUACGUCAACAAACUCGCUCUCGUCUUCUUAGCCUGUGUCAUUCUUUCGAUCCUUGCCGUCUAUGCCGGGGUCAUCCAAACUGCUAUACAGCCCCCCGACUUCCCAAUCUGCAUCCUGGGGAAUCGAACUCUGGUCAGAAAGGGUUUUGAUGUGUGUGCUAAAACUGUCGAAAAGGAGAACGGCACCUUCACCACUAAGUUGUGGAGGAUCUUCUGUGACUCAGAGCUUCUCAAUGCUACCUGUGAUGAGUAUUUUAUGAACAAUAAUGUGACUGAGAUCCAGGGCAUUCCUGGGAUAACCAGCGGUAUCCUUGCAGAAAAUUUGUUUGGUAACUACAUGGAGAAAGGUAUGAUCAUUGAAAAGCGAGGUCUGCCUUCAGUGGCAUUGCAAGAUGACCCCUUCACCAACACUAACAGCUACGUCCUGUCGGACAUCACCACCUUCUUCACUUUACUGGUUGGAAUCUACUUUCCCUCAGUCACGGGUAUCAUGGCUGGUUCCAACCGCUCAGGAGACCUACAGGAUGCCCAGAAAUCUAUCCCAAUAGGCACCAUCCUGGCCAUUACCACCACCUCACUAGUGUAUAUGUCCAGCGUGGUCCUGUUUGGGGCAUGCAUCGAGGGAGUGGUACUAAGGGACAAGUUUGGUGAAGCGGUUAAUGGCAAUUUGGUGAUCGGCACCCUGGCUUGGCCCUCACCAUGGGUGAUCGUGAUUGGCUCCUUCUUCUCUACCUGUGGGGCAGGGUUGCAAAGUUUGACAGGAGCACCUCGCCUUCUGCAGGCCAUCUCUCGUGAUGGCAUUAUUCCAUUCCUUAGGGUCUUCGGUCAUGGAAAAGCAAACGGGGAACCGACCUGGGCGUUGCUCCUCACUGCCUGCAUCUGUGAAAUUGGUAUCAUCAUUGCUUCUCUGGACUCUGUAGCUCCCAUCCUCUCUAUGUUCUUCUUGAUGUGCUACAUGUUUGUGAACCUCGCAUGUGCAGUGCAAACCUUGCUGCGCACUCCCAACUGGAGGCCUCGGUUCAAGUUCUACCACUGGGCUCUGUCAUUCUUGGGUAUGAGCUUGUGUCUCUCACUCAUGUUUAUCUGCUCCUGGUAUUAUGCCAUUGUCGCCAUGGGGAUUGCUGGCUGCAUCUACAAGUAUAUUGAGUUUUGUGGGGCAGAGAAAGAGUGGGGAGAUGGGAUUCGUGGCUUGUCUUUGAGUGCUGCUCGCUUCGCCCUCAUGCGAUUGGAAGAGGGUCCUCCACACAUCAAGAACUGGAGGCCACAGCUGUUUGUGCUGGUUAGUGUUGAUGGAGAGCAGAAUGUGGAGCAACCACGUCUAUUCUCCCUAACAAACCAGAUGAAGGCCGGAAAGGGCCUAACUAUUGUAGGCACUGCCCUGGAGGGCACGUUCCUUGAUAACUAUGACCAGGCACAACGUGCAGAACAGUCUUUGCGGAAGUUGAUGGAAACAGAGAAAGUGAAGGGUUUCUGCAAGGUAGUCGUCUCCUCCAACAUCCGAGACGCCACAUCCCACCUCAUCCAAGCCACUGGUCUGGGUGGCCUGCGGCAUAAUACUGUGCUUGUGAGCUGGCCACCAAACUGGAAGCAGUCAGAAAACCAUCAGACCUGGAGGAAUUUCAUUGAGCUGGUGAGGGAAACGACUACUGCCCAUCUGGCUCUUCUGGUUGCCAAGAAUAUUUCCGCUUAUCCAUCCAAUGGAGAACGCUUCACUGAGGGACAUAUUGACGUCUGGUGGAUCGUGCAUGAUGGAGGAAUGCUAAUGCUUCUGCCCUUCCUCCUACGCCAGCACAAGGUUUGGAGGAAGUGCAAAAUGCGCAUUUUCACUGUGGCCCAAAUGGAUGACAACAGCAUUCAGAUGAAGAAAGAUCUAACCACUUUCCUUUAUCACCUUCGAAUCGAUGCUGCAGUUGAGGUGGUGGAGAUGCAAGAGAGUGAUAUAUCAGCCUACACUUACGAGAAGACCCUUAUGAUGGAGCAACGGUCACAAAUCCUCAAACAGAUGCAUCUAACCAAGACUGAGCGUGAGAGAGAAAUCCAGAGUAUCACUGAUGUGUCCCGGGGUUCUAUCCGGCGUAAGAACCCAGCCAGCGCGGCUGCUCAGCCAAGCUUGAAUGAGGAGAAGCCAGGGGUCAGUUCUGAAAGAUCUGAAGAGGAGGUGCAUCUUCUUGGCAAGAAUGUCAUACCCUCCCCAGCCAGUCCAGUGUCUCCUGCAGGAGGUGCGGAAACCCCUAGAGAGAAGGCGCACAUGACAUGGACAGAUAAAUGCGAUGGGGUCAAGGACAAGCCCCCAGGUACUAUCACUCCAGGGAGCAUCAAGGACAUGUUCAACAUGAAGCCCGAAUGGGAGAACCUGAACCAGUCUAAUGUGAGACGCAUGCACACUGCACUGAAGCUGAAUGAAGUCAUUGUUAAGAAGUCCAAAGAAGCCAAGCUGGUUCUGCUCAACAUGCCUGGGCCUCCCAGAAACCGCACCGGUGAAGAAAACUACAUGGAGUUCCUUGAGGUCCUGACAGAAGGUCUCAAUCGGGUCCUCCUUGUUCGUGGUGGUGGACAAGAAGUCAUCACCAUUUACUCCUGAGUAGCAAGGUUCAGCAGUCCCCAACCACCCUUGCCUCCUUACAGACUACACCUGAAUUUCAAAGGAUACUACCCAGACUAUAGCAAUAGUCCUCUAUCCCCCACCCUAUCACACACACAUUAAAUGAUUUUGCACUAAAUAUUUAUCCCUCUCACACUCUGUUACUCGUAGAUGAUCUUCCAAACAUCACACUUCUCAAGUCUUCAUCUUCAUCUGUGUUUGAAUUUACUUGAUGUGUAUGAUCAGGCUGAUUCUUGAAGUGUUUACAAUCGGGAGGAAACGGUAAAGCUCCAAGAAUACAGGAAGGGAGCUUAGUUAUGCUAAACUGCCUUGAAGAAUAUGGGAGGGAUGUUUGGGGUGGCAUUAGGCUAUCGUUGUUAUGUGAAGGAUGAAGAGGACCAUGGCCUCCAGGACCCAAGAGUCACAAGCUGUGGUGCUUGAAAAACAGGAUGACAGUCAGUCAAUGAAGAAGAUGGCAGCCAAUUAAAUGGAAAGGAACAUCUUGAAGGGGACAAGCGAUGCGUGGUUUGGCCAACCUGUAGGCGACAAGAAACAGCUGGAUUAUGCCAGCCUCAUGCAAGUGCAAAGCAAACAAGCUACUGUUGUGUCUGGCUGAUGAAGUUCUUGCUGUGAUUUUAAAAGCAUUUUAGUUAGUGUGAUGAGCCACGUGCAGCCAUCUCAAUCUACUGUAUAGCUGUGUAUUCCUCAAAGCUCCAGCCAUAGGAAGUGCUGCACAGACGUGGGGGCAGGCAGAGGAGGGGGACAGUUUAGCAGCCAGCAAGCUCUAGUGUUCCUGCGAGAACAAAGAGGGACUGUGCUCAUGGCAUUUUUCAAUCACAUCCUCCCUUGUCCCAAACUGACCGUAGUGGUGAUCACUGUAAAUAGUGUAGUAUGCAGCAUUCUUCUCAACAUCACAAUAGCGUAUUUACAACCAAGUAACACCAGUUGGCAAAGCAUUGCACUUACAUCAUAUCACACAAAACACAUCAAGCUGGCUGCCCUUCUGACUGAAAACACGGUUUCGGGAUUUCUGACCAAACCUUAAAAUCCUAGAACUAUGUUGAAGCCAGUGACCCACCAAUUUGGUCGCCUAAAACAUUACUUUCCAUCAGCUAUGACAAUGACUUGUUUGCAAAGUUUCUCUGGAGAAAGUCAACACUAGAGCAAAAUUAUUUGUUUUUACACGUACAAUGAUAACAGAUAUAUACAGUACACUGACAAGAUAUUGUCAGAAGUUCUAUACUUUGAAGUUAAGAAUUUUACGCAAAACAGUGUUAUUAACAGGUUAUGAAUUAAUUUUGAAAUGGACCCUAUUUAGUGUCACUUUGGAGUUUCACUAUUUCUACCAAUACAGCAAAUGUAUUUUACACUUACACUUUGCCAAAUACAAAGAUGUGUGCAGUGCCAUAAGAAAAGAAAAUAUAUUUUUGAUACCAACAUUUUUAGUGAAGGGCCAGGAGUCUGAAGUCAAUGUAAUACUCGAAAAUGAACGAGUGGAAACUAGGUCAAUAAUGGGAGAUUAUGACAUUGAUCUGUAGGGCACAUUGAUCUCACCCACCCUGAUCAUCUGUGGCAGUUUUACAGAACAGUCAAGAGUAUCUUCUUAGAAUAUAAUUUCUUUUCAACACGGCACAAUUAGCAGAUUCAGCUGUGACAAGUUUGCUGCAGUUACCAUAAAUGCCUAACUUUGAAACGUAAUUGAAUUCGUAACCAAUUCAUUCAGACCAGGAAGUAUCGAAUUAACAGGAAAUAUUUUCAUAUAUAUAAUGUAUUUGUGAAGGACAUGUGCAAUAGGUGUAUACGGACUAAUGUGCAUUUAUUUUUAUAUAAAGAUAUUUUAUAUACAGUAAGCAAAUUUCAUAUCUAUAGGGAUAUCUGCAAGGGGAUGUUGACGCAUAGCUGCACCUUUGCUACGGCACUCAAGCAGACACUCUUAUUUGGUUGCCUCUCGCAGAGACACUAUAGGAGACAGUAUACAAAUUAAUAAUUUUAAAUUUAGUCAAGUUUUUGCUUUUUAGGGGAAUAGAACAAUUAUAGAGGAAUUGUCUAAAAGACAUUUUCAAUACCUAUACUGUAUAAAGUUUAAAUGCUGCUAUAUUUAUUAAACAAAAGUUUAAAGCAGAGGGUCGACUCUACAAAUGAAAAUACAUAUCAGCGUGGCCACCCAGUUAACUACAUCUAAGGUUUGAUUUGCUGCGGAAUUCAUCAUUACUUUGACUACGGGAUUUCCGCUGUGUGCGGGUUGUAAUCGUAAAGGAGCUAGUUAUUAUUUUUACAUUUUUAAACUCCCCUUCAGUUUUUAAGUGUCGUAUUGAAGUUCUCUUUGCAGAAGACAAAAAAGGGAGUGUUUUACCAUGUCUGACUGAAUCAUUCAAGGACUGAAAGCAAGUCAAAUGCUGACACAUCAAACAAAUCAAUGUCAUCAUUUACAGACACAGAAAGCAU